AUGCCUCUUUGUGCCUUUGCCUGGGCGCCCUCUCCCCCUGCCCCGGGACUGGCAGGUGUCGGGGUCCCAUCACCGCAGCCCCCGUGGCACCGUCCUGCCUGGGGUUUCUCAGACCCGAAGAGCUGCACUUUGGAACAAGCAGCAGCCAAAGCGUCGAGCGUUCAUCUCCGGAGCCUCCGUCUGCUGGAUGCAGCCUCAGGAGGACUCGUUUUCCUCCGCCUGCACCGAGGUGUGGGACCCCCCCAGAACUGCGCAGCAGGACCCAGACCCCCUGCUCACCGCUUUUCCCUUCUCGCUUCCCUUGCAGAGCACUACAAACACCACUGGUUUCCUGAGAAACCCUUCAAAGGCUCUGGGUAUCGCUGCAUCCGGAUCAAUCACAAAAUGGACCCCAUUAUCAGCAAGGCAGCUAGCCAGAUCGGACUGAGCCUCCCGCAGCUCUACCAGCUCCUGCCCAGCGAGCUCACGCUCUGGGUGGACCCCUACGAGGUCUCGUACCGCAUCGGUGAGGACGGCUCCAUCUGUGUCUUGUACGAAGCGACCGCGACGAAACCCGUGAGCUCCUAUGGGAUGCUGACCUGUAAGAACCAGCUGAUGUUAGGCCGUACCAGCCCUUCCAAAAACUACAUCAUGACUGUCUCCAGCUAAAAUACUCCUCUUGUCCUUACACUGCCAAGACACAGGCUACUGUAUACCUCACCUGAGGAUCUAUUUUUAAGAUGAAGAGCUAUUUAUAUUUUUUAAAAAAAUCCAAGAAAAUCCAAAAUUAAAAUAUUGGGCACCGCUUUGAACAGAAGUGGUGUUUAGGUGCCUUUUUAAAGCUGUUGCAAGCUUACGAAUUUUUAUUAUGAAGCCGAUAUCUACCUAAUUAGUGUUGGAUGGCAAUUUUGGGCUGGCUUGCUCACUUGGGCAGCUUGGAAUGGAGGACGAGGGGGAAGAGCCAGGCUGGGAAGUGUGGCUUGGUGGAGGGAGAUGUCUGUCACCUUCUCACCAUCCUGGUACCCAACAGUAUUGCUGUACCUCCAGGUAUUGCAGUACUGUUGAAGAAGGGAUGAAGGAGUUGCUGUCUUUCCUCCAACUUCUUCACUCCCCAGCUGCUCUGAUCUCUCUGGGGCCUGGAUAUAGUGUUUGGGGGAGCCUUGCCGCAAGGCUGGGUGGUGCUGGGGACCCUGGGAUCCCUAUCCUUUGCUCUUGCACAUCUCCUCUGGACCCACUUACUCCGUGAGUGUUGCAGCUCUGCUCUGCCCCACUCCCAGCGCAAAGCGAGGGGGGGCAUGGCCUGUCUCCAACCCCUCCAUCUGUCCUGGCUGCUGCUGGACUGAAAGGGGCCACACAGCUGUUGGUGACCUGUGGGGCAAGGCAGAGAUGCUCGGGGAGGGGUUAAGCUGUGCAGAGAAGGUCCCCAGGAUGAAUAUGGCAGGUGCUGUGGUGACACUGGAGUUUGUUCCUGGUGCUCCCCAGUACCUGGCUAUCCCCCACUGCACACUGAGAAGGGGACUCCAGACCCUGAAACCAGCACUGAACAGCUGUGAAUUACAAAGCCUUUCUGUUCUGUGUGGCUUAGACAUCAGCCCUGCUCUUGUCUGGCCUCUUGCUUACAAAAAUUGCCUAAUCCAAUGCUGAUGACUUGCCGUGUCACUUCUCCAGAAGAGCUGAAGCAACUUGCCUUGUGCCGUAGAGGUGUGUGAGAACCCCAUUUGUCCUGUCUCUUAAAAUCAGAAGUAUUGGGGUUCUCUUCCCCCUGUGUGUGGGAUGCUCAGAUGCUUUGGUGUCCUAACGUUGCUUUUAAAGUCACAGCACUUCUUCCCUCUCUUCCACGUGGCUGUCCCUGGGAGCUGUCUCUGCUGAUACCUUGGUAAGGGGCAUCAUUUGGUUUUGAUCUCUUGGUACAUAACUAUUUUGCACAAUUAAUGCCUGGUCCUGUGCUGUGUCUAUUCAAGCAAAACUCCUCUUGGAGUCCCAGGGGUACUUGUAUGCAGGGAGGCUUUGCCCAAGCGUUGUUCAGGAUUUGGCCUUUAGACUGCUUUGGCUAACUACGGAUGGGGUGGGAGUGGGAAGUGGUGCCCCAAGGACUUUACCUACCUGUUGGAAAUGAGCCUUUACCGGGAUAUGUUGUAUGUCCAUUGCCUUUUUACUAACCAGCUGGUGCUCCUCCAGUGAUCCUGGGAGAAAUGAUUGAAAAAGUAGGGCACUGACAUGGUGGUUUGUAAUUAAACUUUCCCAGGUCUGUCUCUCCACACGUUUUUACCUUCCUCUCCUUCUGACCUGGCAGCUGACUGGCACAACCAGAGUUGUUCUUGCCCAGCCUUUGAUGAAUCAAGUUCUCAGACAUUUGUGCAAUAUAUUUCCAAAUCUUGGGCACCCUUGGAGAGGAAGGAAGCCUCCCAUCUGCCACAGUUCUUAGCUUGUUUUUUAAAAUAAACUUUAAAAAAAACCAAUUCAGCACAGCUCCCCAACUCUGACUACUAAUGUGGAAAAGUAAAUUCACAUUUUUGUAAGCUUCAAAUCAUGAAUCCCAGAACUGGAAAACCAGCCUCAAUUCUUAGAUCCUUUUAAAAUGUCAAGUGGUGAGUUAUUUGUCCCUGAACAGUCAUAGCAGACUGUGGCUCUGAAGUUGCAUCACUUCCCUCUGCAUCACUUUGAAUUUCUCAUGUCAGCAAAGCAGAAGCUGAAAAUGAAGCACUGGGGCUUUUCCCUUGGUGAACUUGUGCAAUAGGUGACCUCACCAAGGGGGGAGUCCUUGGGAACUUCCAAAAAAGCAAAUUCCCUUUUCAAGGAAAAGGGAUCUUGGUGCUUUUUGGAGCCCUCACUUAGCCUGCUAAUAUGAAAAGCCCAUGAUGAGAACUGCAUCCAGGAUGAGCAGUGUUUGCUUUGCUGGACUCCUUGGCUGGAUGUGGAGUUUCCUGAAGGCUGGUACUUCCUUGGGUUUGUAAUUUGUCAUGAUCAAGGCAGUCUUAGGAUUUUUACCCCUCCCUUACUCUGUUCCCUCUCUCUUACCAGAAAAGUUUUUUUUUCAGGAACAACAGCCCACACCAAAGGAAUACACUAUAAUUACUCUUUAACAUACCCCCCACUUCCAGAACCAAAAUAGCCAAGUCUCAUUCUUCUUGUCCCUGGUGUGGAGGAGUCUAAUGUUAAAGGCGUCUGUUUUUAGCUUCAAAACCAACCAAACUUGGGUAUAAUCCAUUUCUCUCUUGUAGCUGGUUACAUGUAAAAGCUGUGAAUUAGUGUGCUCUGUUGCCUUCUGCCUACAAGCCUGAUACUCGACUGCAGAGCUGAAUGGUGUGUAUUUUGAGACUGUAUUUGAGGGGUUUCCUGUCACUUUUUUAACAAGCUGGACUGUUGAACGGGACCUGCUUUUUGUAUUUGGUGAAAAUGGUAGAAAGUUUGUACGCUACACUUGGAGGAGGGAGUGGAUGGUUACUAAUUGUAUAGUAGUGUUUUUAUAUACAGAAUGUACAGAUCCUUUGACAGACGUAUGGCUUUUGUUACUUUAAUAAAAAUGUAGCAGUAUAAA